AUGAAGGAUGAAGGUAAAAGAUAUGAAGGUGGUUUUUGGAACAAAGGGAAAAUUCCUGGGUAUCAUCAAAAUUAUCAAGUUUCGAAUUUCUCAAAUUUAAACGACGAAUUCUGCAAUAACAGCGGUCAAAAUUAUCCAAAAGAAUGCGACGAUAUUAGGGGAUGUUGGGUUGCUUGUUUGCAAAGUUCGUUGCGUUCUCGAUUAUUCGACGUUGCAAAUUUUGCAUUUCAAAUUAAGGACUUCGAAAUGGUUGCUGAUGUAGUGUGUUUAUCCGCCGUACCUGUAAUUAUGCAGAUGUCCAGUUUUAUUCUGAGUGAUUUGAAAUUUGAAAUGAUAUUAAAGCACCUGUCAUUUGUGUCUUUUUGA